ACCAAAUGUUCCGUAUCCCAGAGAAGAAAACCCGAAAAUCUCCCAACCCUGACACUACAGGGAAAGGUAAAGACUUUGAGUUUUUGUUUUUGAGAAGAUUUGAUCAAAACCAUGUUGCUCUCCAAGAAUGGGAAUAGCUGCAGAUUAAAUAGCCAUUUAACAAAUAGAACCGGCUGAAGCCAGGGGGUGAGAUGGUGAAUCCGGCAAAGAUAGGUAAGAAAGAAUGUAAUAACAAGGGAGUGAGAAAUGAUUCGGUUUGGGAUAGAAUCCAUCACGAAAUCUCUGUGAAUUUGAUGAUUUGUAAAAUUCGUCCCCUUGAUGGAUUUCCAUCCGCAUUUGCUCUCCGAGUAUAUAAGGCCACGAACUUUCACGCACUUCUCGUGACUUUCCACUUGGUCCUAUCAUGUUUCUCCUCGCCUUGCUUUCUUGCAGUCGCGUUUCUUAGUCAUUACAGAAACCUAAGACAGAGGUUAGGUAAGCGUAUGGCCUCUAGGGGAUCCGCCUCUUCUUCUUCUUCGACUUGGAUGCCGGAAAACGGCGGCGUUCCUCAUGUUUUAGCGGUCGAUGACAAUCUCGUUGAUCGCAAACUUGUCGAGAAGCUUCUCAGGAACUCUUCUUGCAAAGUGACAACAGCAAAAAAUGCGACGAGGGCGUUGGAAUUCUUGGGGCUGGCAACUACUGAUCAUGAUGAGCAUAACGCCGAGAAGGGCGCUUCAAUUUGGUUAUCACAGACUAUUGUAUGCCCGGAAUGAUAGGCUACAAUCUACUUGAGAAAAUCAAGGUGAAUUCAGAGACCAUUUCGGUUCUGCACAUAUAUUUCGAGAUUUUGCCUUGAGUCUCGUAAAGGAGAUGUUUGCGGGAAACUGCAGGGAUCAUCUAUCGUGAAGGAGUUCCGGUGGUGAUCAUGUCAUCUGAAAAUGUGCCAACUCGGAUUACCAGAUGUUUGGAGGGAGGAGCUCAAAUGUUCAUCCUUAAACCCCUUAAACAAUCUGAUGUUAGCGAGCUGACGUGUCAAUUGAUGAACUGCAAAGUCUAAAGCUGAUCCUUGAAUCGAUCGAUCAGUUUUCUAGCUAUACCUACUUCGGACUAGCUUUUUCUACAGGAACAGAUUCCUGAUGUUUUAGCCAGUGUAAAGAUUUUCUUUUGUUUUUGUUUUUGUUUUUUGUUUUUAUCUUCAAAAAGAUGUUGUCAUGUCUUCUCAAGGAAAUCUUAAACUGGUUUCAGGUUUCCUUAGUUGCAACAUAAUUCGCUGCGUUCUGU